AUGAAAAAUCAAACAACUAGUAACGGUCAAAUGGCACAAAAUAAAGUUGAGCACAAAACCCAUUUUGAUGAAAAAAAUUUAAUUAUUACAUAUGAAACAUAUUCUAGUUUUGGUUGUAUAAAAGGAGAUGAUUAUAAACUACAUUCACCACAUUUUAAAAUGCAAUUAUCAGAAUCAGAAUUUAUUAAAGACAUAUUAAAUGGUGAAAGUAAAGAAAGAUGUAUGUUUGUAAAUGGGAUAACAUUCGAUAUCAAAGAAGAAAAUAUAGAUAGAAAAAACUUUACAUUUUGGUGUAAAUCAGAUGAUGACUCUAGCACUUUAUAUGUGAUAUCAAACGCAAAUCAAGAUUGCAUUUUUAUAGUUUGCGAUGAUUAUAAAAAAACUAACGAAUCAUAUGAAAAGUUUAUCCGUAUUGGUAAAAAGUUUAUUGAAGAUUUAGAAAAAAUGGUAUAA